CCGCACAGACAGCGCCCCUCAGCGCCGUCCGCCUGCCCCGCUUCCUGGUGCGUAGGGGGGCGGAGCGGCUCUGGGUGUCACCCCCAUCUCGUGGUGUCACCCGGUGCGGCCCGCACCAGCCGCACUGCCCAAGUUACGCCCCUGCCAGCGAGAACUACUCUCGUCCUUCCGACCGGCCUCAGGCGCCACCACCGUCUGAGAACAGAGCCUUGCCCAGUAGGCCUCCACGCACGCGCGGUAGAGCCACGGAGCGAAGGACGCGCAGGCCUUUCCAUCCCCGCCUCUUGCUUUCGCUGCCUGUGAGACUCCGCCAUGCCGAAGCUGAGCAAAGAGACGAAGCAGCGGCUGCAGAACCUAUUCAAGGGCGGCCAAUUUACCAUCCGAUGGGGCUUCAUCCCUGUUGUACUCUAUCUAGGUUUUAAGAGAGGUGCGGAUCCUGGAAUGCCUGAACCAACCCUUUUGAGUCUGCUUUGGGGAUGAAGGAUUUAACCAUAGCAUUCUGGAAGCAGCUGCUGAUCAGGAAAAAAGUUGGAGAUAUAAACAUUCCAGAGGCUAGGAAGAACAACAAUGAGCUAUGCCAGCCUUCCCUGACGACAUAGAAUAUGCUUGCAACAUAAUGGAAUUUCCAUCAGCCUAAUUUAUUUAUGUUUCACUUUCGUUUUCUUCUGCCGGAAUAAAUAUUUUGUCUGAAA